CUGGUGAACAGCAGCACAGCGUGUGCAGGGAGGGUAGAGGUCCAGGUGCUGGGGACCUGGGGGACCCUCUGUGCCUCCCACUGGGAUCUCUCGGAUGCCCACGUUCUCUGUCGUCAACUCAACUGUGGGUUUGCUGAGUCCGUUCCUGGAGGAGAGCAUUUUGGGAGAGGGACUGGCCCUGUCUGGAGAGACUCAUUCCACUGUGACGGUACAGAAGCCCAUCUGGGACAAUGCCCAGUGAUCACCCUGGGGGCCUCACCAUGCUCCCACGGGAACAACGCUGCUGUCGUUUGCGCAGCCGGCUUUGCAUCCCUGCGGCUGGUGGGUGGAGGGAGCCGGUGCGAUGGACGAGUGGAGAUCUUCCAGAACGGGACAUGGGGCAGAGUCCUGGAUGACCAGUGGGACAUGCAGGAGGCCAGCGUGGUGUGCCGGCAGCUGCGGUGCGGAGAGGCAGGGACAGCCUACAACCCCCCAAAGCCUGAGCGAGGGACCGGCCCUGUGGGGCUGCGAGGGGUCCGGUGCACAGGGCACGAGGCCAGCCUGGCCCUCUGCAACACCUCCCUGCCCGAGAGUGCACUGGCGGCAGGGGUUGUGGAGGACGUGGGAGUCAUCUGCUGGGGGAGCCGGAGGGUCCGGCUGGUGAACGGGUCCAGGUGCUGUGCUGGGAGAGUGGAGAUCUACUACCAGGGCAUCUGGGGGACUGUCUGUGACGAUGGCUGGGACCUGUCUGAUGCCGCCGUCGUUUGCCACCAGCUGGGCUGUGGAGGGGCAGUGGAGGCAGCCGGCUCCGCUCAGUUCGGGGAAGGCUCCGGGCAGAUCUGGCUGGAUGGCGUGAACUGCUCUGGGGCCGAAGCUGCUCUCUGGGACUGCCCUGCCAGGCCCUGGGGGCAGCACGACUGCGGGCACAAAGAGGAUGCGGGAGUCAUCUGCUCAGAGUUCGUGGCCCUGAGGCUGGAGAACAGUGAUGGCUGCUCCGGGCGCCUGCAGGUUUUCUACAACGGGACGUGGGGCAGCAUUUGCUCCAACUUGAUGACUCUCGACACGGUGUCGCUGGCAUGCAAGGAGCUGGGCUGUGGGGACGGAGGAUCCCUGGAAACACAGCUGCCUUAUAGAAGGGUGUCUGGCCCUACGUGGCUGGAUAACAUGCAGUGUGGGGAGAAAACCAGCUCCUUCUGGCAGUGUCCCUCUGCUCCCUGGAACCCACAGUCAUGUGAAGACCCACGAGAGGAGAUCCACAUCACCUGCAAUGACAGGGAGAAGAUUCGUGCUGUGGGAGGUGAGGACAGGUGCUCAGGCAGAGUGGAGGUCUGGCACCGUGGCUCUUGGGGGACGGUGUGCGACGACUCCUGGGACAUGCGGGAUGCUGAGGUGGCGUGCAGGCAGCUGGGCUGCGGCCCCGCGGUGUCUGCCCUGCAUGAGGCUGCAUUUGGGAUGGGGACGGGCCCCAUCUGGCUGGAGCAGGUGGAGUGCCGGGGGACAGAGCUGUCUCUGCAGGACUGCUGGGCCCGGCCUGGGGAUGGUGGUGCUUGCCGGCAUAAGGAAGAUGCUGCGGUGAACUGCUCAGAUUCCCCCCGGGGCCGUCUAACUGGCAGCAGGAGAGUCUCAGUGCCUGUCAUCAUCUGCAUCAUCCUGGGGGCCCUUCUCUGCCUGCUCCUGGCCCUCCUGGCUGGGCAAGCACUAAGCACCAGGGCUGGGCGCAGAGGCUCCAGGAGUGCUCAGGAGAUGUUCCCUGAGGCUGUGUACGAGGAGAUUGGUUACAGCCCAGUGUGGGAGAAGCAGGCGAGGUUUGGUCACUCAGACCCCAUUGGAGAGCAGCAUUCCCAGGGUGAGACCCCCAUGAUGAUUCGUGACAUACAGGGGCACUGCAAACACAGCCUCCAGCCCCUGGAAAACUCCCAUGGGGGCAAGCUCCAGUCCUGCAUCUCAGAGAAGGAAGCUCCCGAGGACCUGCCUGAGGGGGGUCACAGUGAGACCCCCAAGUCUCAGCACUGCAGGCCCCAUGCUGGGCAGAGCUUGGCUGUUUAA